AUGUCUACGAGCUGCUUGUGCGAUGCAGGAUUCAUCAAGUCUGGAAGAACCACCUGCAUUUCAGAAGGCGUAGUAAGCAGCUAUUCAAUCAGCCAGCCAAUCGUCCCACCCACAACUAUGCUCACCAAGGGGACAGUGAAGGAGUCGGGGGGGAAAUUCACCACAGCUCCGGUGACGCUGUUUGUGUACGAGGCAGGGCAGGCAGUGCAACUGGCCUUCCAAGUCAACUUCACCUUCACGCUCUCGCCCCAAUCGGGCCGCACGGGCAGUGGAGGCUUCGCCUUUGUCAUCUCGGCAACGGAUAAGGUGGGGAGUGGAUCCGGCGUGGGGUAUAGUGGAAUGGACAGCCAGAGCAUAGCGGUUGAAUUCGACACUCUGCAGGACAAGCAGCAGGGGGACAUGCCCCGCCAGCACGUGGGGUUGAACAUUCAAGGCCAUGCCAGGUCGGUAGCUGCUGUGAAGGCACCAUUUACUCUGAACAACAGGAAGCCGUACACGGCAUGGGUGGACUAUGAGCCUGGGGAGCCUGGCACCAUCCAAGUGUUCCUGGCUGCUUCGGAGGUGAAGCCAAAGCAGCCGCUGCUAGAAAGGAGGAUGGCGCUGUGUGAGGUGCUGCAGGCUGGAGCGGAGCAGCAGGAAUUCUUCUUUGGCUUUGUCGCGGCCACUGUGAAGCCGUUCCAGAUGCAUGUCAUCCUCAAGUUGGCAAUGCACACAAAUGCGAGUUGGGCAUAUGCGGUGGUGGCAAGUGUGGAGGCGGCAUAUGGCAUUGCACUGAACCGAGAGGCUCCACGGCUGUCAGUGGACUCGCUCUUUGCAGCCAUGGGGCUCACCUCCCCUGCUGCCAAGUGCACCAGAGGGAACUCCCCUGCUGCGGCCUUUCAAAAGCUCCUCACUUUGCGGCGGCCACGUCGUGGAGCCCGAAAGCCAAGAAGUUCGGUAAGAAAGGUGUUCGAGAAUCCAUGCAACCCAGCAAGCGCAUUCACAAUCAUUGGUACAAGUGACAGCCUCAGUGUUCCACCGUUUUGGAUCGUCCGCAACUCGUGGGGAGUGGAGCGGGGCGACAGGGGCCACAUGCGCAUGGACAUUCAGGGAGGGGAUGGCGUGUGUGGCAUCAACGUGCUGCCUGGCAUCUACCCCAUUGUCAAGAUUUCCAAGGAUCUUUGCGGCCAAAGGAGCUACAAGGGUGUCGGGGACUUGCAGCCAAGCAUGAACCCGUGUGGUCGCUUCACAUGCAAGGCAAACGCAAAGACCAAGAGGAACACCUGCAACUGCACCAUACCUAAUCAGGCCAUACAGCCCUUUGUUGCGGUGGCAAACGGAUUGGGCUCCCGCACAUGCGCAUAUGUUGACGUGUGCAGUUCUUACGCUAUGAACCCCUGUGGUGUGGGCACGUGCGUGAAUGAUGGCAAGGGCGCCUACUCCUGCAUCUGCCCUCCCAACUACAUUAAGAGCACGACUGUUGACAACUCCACCUGUGAUCCUUGUACGCCAAUCUAG